AUGGGUUACACGACUGAGAAACGCGAUUUGGGCACAGGUUGUCCAUACACUCUUGAUCAAUAUGGGACUGCUGCGAUGCAGUUUCAUACCACCAUGCAGCAACAACAAACAGCCAUUCAAGCACAAGUUCAGGCCACUGCUACUGCCAUAGCAACCAAUGGCGUAGCUAUUGCUUCGGCCAAUGCUGUUGGUGGUGCAGCCGCGGCACCAGUGGUUGAUCCAUCUGUAUACUGGGCUCAGUGGCAGAACUGGAAUACCAAUCUGGCUAGUUAUGGAAAUGUUUUGUGGAAUGCUGGUUGUUUGUCUACUUACUGGGACAACGAUAGCAAUUAUUAUAAUGCAAUGAUUGCUCUGCAGCAAAAUCUCGCACUUCAGAAUCAGGCUAUUUGGAAUAAUAUAGCCGCUGCUAAUCAGCAAGCUGCAGCACAUGCCAAUGCGCUGUAUCUACAGACUGCAACCCAAAAUGCGCUGACAACAUUCAAUUCGGCAGCAUGCCAGAUUAAUACAGCGUUUGCAUUGAUUGAAAGGGAUAGAGCUGUUGCUGCCAAGACUCGAGCAGUUCAUCCAUCAUCCUCUACAACUGUUCAGAAAAGACUUGAGCCAUCCACUUUUAACAAAAGACUUGAUGCAAAGACUGCUGCAACUCUCUUGAAGCAGCAACAACAGACUGGUCAUAAAAUGUCCAAUUCUGCUGCUAGUAUGAUGACCAAGCAAAGUAAUGGUCGUACUAAAGCAUCCAAGACCAUUUCAGUGGUCAAACCCCUUGUAAAGCGUCUUGGACCCAAACCAGGUCCAAUUGAGAAUCGUCUUGGCAAGCGGCUUAUUGACCGGUUAGGUGAUAAACCCACUGCUGCUGGAAAGACUAAAGCUGUAUUACGCUCCAAGAAAGCAGGAAAGGUAUCCAACUCGACUCCUAAAAGCAAGACUCGAGGACGUGUUGCUAAUAUUGGCUCAUCCAGUUAUUCUGCAGCAGAUAUGAUGGAUGAUGACGAUUACAAAUUUGGUCAAGCUGCAAUAUAUUAA